GCGCCGUGCGCGGACGCCAAGAUGGCGGACGAGGAGGGCGAAGCGCGGCCGGGGGCGCGGAACGGGGCCGGGGAGGGACCCCCGGGCGGGCCCCGCGUCGUUCGCAUCGUCAAGUCCGAGUCGGGUUACGGCUUUAACGUCCGCGGGCAAGUGAGCGAAGGCGGGCAGCUGCGCAGCAUCAACGGCGAGCUGUACGCGCCGCUGCAGCACGUCAGCGCCGUGCUGGGCGGAGGGGCCGCCGACCGCGCCGGGGUGCGCAAGGGGGACCGCAUCCUGGAGGUGAACGGGGUGAACGUGGAGGGAGCCACGCACAAGCAGGUGGUGGAUCUGAUCCGUGCUGGUGAGAAGGAGCUGGUGCUGACGGUGCUGUCGGUGCCGCCGCACGAGGCCGAGAGCCUGGAGCCGCCCGAGGAGCCGCUGGGGCCGCCCUUCUACGACUACAGCGAGAAGCAGGCGGUGCCCAUCUCCAUCCCCACCUACAAACACGUGGAGCAGAGCGGGGAGAAGUUCGUGGUGUACAACGUUUACAUGGCCGGGAGGCAGCUGUGCUCCAAGCGCUACCGGGAAUUCGCCAUCCUGCACCAGAACCUGAAGCGGGAAUUCGCCAACUUCACCUUCCCGCGCCUGCCCGGCAAGUGGCCGUUCUCCCUGUCCGAGCAGCAGCUGGACGCCCGCAGGAGGGGCCUGGAGGAGUACCUGGAGAAGGUGUGCUCCAUCCGGGUCAUCGGCGAGAGCGACAUCAUGCAGGAAUUCCUGUCGGAGUCGGACGAGAAUUACAACGGCGUCUCCGACGUGGAGCUGCGGGUGGCGCUCCCGGACGUCACCACGGUGACAGUGAGGGUGAAGAAGAACAGCACCACGGACCAGGUGUACCAGGCGGUGGCUGCCAAGGUGGGCAUGGACAGCGUCACCGCCAACUACUUCGCCCUCUUCGAGGUCAUCAACCACUCCUUCGUGCGGAAGUUGGCUCCCAACGAGUUCCCCCACAAGCUCUACGUGCAGAACUACACCUCGGCCGUGCCGGGGACGUGCCUGACCCUGCGCAAGUGGCUCUUCACCACCGAGGAGGAGGCGCUGCUCAACGACAACGACCUGGCCGUCGCCUACUUCUUCCACCAGGCCGUUGAUGACGUCAAGAAAGGCUACAUCAAAGCCGAGGAGAAAUCCUACCAGCUCCAGAAGCUCUGCGAGCAGAGGAAGAUGGUCAUGUACCUGAACAUGCUGCGGACGUGCGAGGGCUACAACGAGAUCACCUUCCCUCACUGCUCGUGCGACUCGCGGCGCAAGGGCCACGUCAUCUCCGCCAUCAGCAUCCGCCACUUCAAACUGCACGCCUGCACUGAGGAGGGCCAGCUCGAGAACCAGGUGAUCGCCUUCGAGUGGGAGGAGAUGCAGCGCUGGGACACGGACGAGGAGGGCAUGGCCUUCUGCUUCGAGUACGCGCGCGCCGAGAAGAAACCGCGCUGGGUCAAGAUCUUCACCCCCUACUUCAAUUACAUGCACGAGUGCUUCGAGCGAGUGUUCUGCGAGCUCAAGUGGAGGAAGGAGAACCUUUUCCAGCUGGUCAGGUCACAGCAAAGGGAUGCAGCCACUUAACCCUGGGAGCUUUUCCAGCAACCCCCAAAAUUCCUUUAUUGUAUUAAAGCCCCCCCCACCCCAAACUAAAUCUCAUUAAUUCCAAAUCCAUUCGUGCCCAUCAUCUUUAUGGAAUUCCAGAGGAAAAAAAACCAACAAAAAACCCAAAAAAUUGGGAAAAGCCACCUGAGGGGGCUCCUUUUUCCCACUCAGAUCCAGCUCCAGGCUGGGAAUUUUGGGAUUUUUUUUUUUUUAAUUUUAUUUUCUUUUUUUUUACAACUGGAAUUAAGAAGUUGUUGUUUCUGCUGGGUCAGACGUGGAAAAAUAAGGGGGGAAAAAAAAGCAGGAAAAAGCCCUGAGAAUGUUCCAUAUGGGAAUAAUUCCUUUAAAAUCCCACAGGGUGGCAGCAGCUCUUGAAAGGGAUUUUCCCCCUGUUUCUCCUCCCAAUCCUGGUUUUUUUUAAUCACUACAAAUAAAAAAAAAAAAACCAGGAAAAACAUCCAAAAGGAGCAAAAUUCCAAGGAAAUGCCACUCCUGGCACAAGGAUCCCUCUCAUGGAUUUGUAUUCCUGCUUUUUGGGCUGUUUUCCCAGGGAUUUGGGUGUGCCUGGCUCCUUGGGAUGGGAUCUGGGAGAUUCCAGGAUCCUGGGGCUACCCCUGGAUGGGGAUGAGCAGCUCCCAGGAGGAAAAAUAACCUGGAAAUUCCAUUUUUCCCCAUUUUUGAUGGGAUUUUUCCCUAGACCCAGAGGCUGGGCAGCUCCCAGGAGGGAAAAAUAACCUGAAAAAGCCAUUUUUGCCCUAUUUUUGAGCACUUUUUAUCCAUGACUUGGGUGUCCAAGCAGGAAAAAUAACCUGAAAAAAAACCAAAACAUUUUCCCUCAUUUUGAGCAGGAUUUUUUCAGAGUUCUGGAGGAAAAAUAAGGUGGAAAAACCUUUUUUCCCUGGUUUGGAGCAGGAAUUUUCCAUAUUUUGGGUGGAUGAGCAGCUGCCAGAGGGAAAAAAAAACCCUCUGGAAAAGAUAUUUUCCUAAAUUUGGAGUGAGUCUUUCUCAUCUUUUGAGAGGAAAAAUAAGGUGGAAAAGCCAUUUUUCCUUGGAUUUCAGCAAGUUUUCUCCAUGGUCCAGGAGGCUGAGCAGCUUCCAGCAGAAAAAAAAUCACCUGGAAAAUCCAUUUUUUCCUGGAUUUGAGUGCAAUUUUUCCACGUUUUGGGAGGAAAAAUAAGGUGGAAAAGCCAUUUUUCCUUGGUUUUGAGCGGGAUUUUUCCGUGGAUCCGGCAGCUGAGGAAUUCCCAGAAGGAAAAAUUAUGGAAAAUCUGUUUUUCCCUGGUUUUGAGUGGGAUUUUUCCAUGUUUUGGGAGGGAGAAAAAAAGCACCUGGAAAAGCUGAUUUUGCCUGGUUUUGGGCUGGCCUGGAGCUGGUCCCACCAAGGUUUGGGGUGGAUUUGGGAAUAUUUGGAACCAAACCCAGCAGGAGCAUCCUGGCCUCAUUCCCAACCUCUGGAAUGUGCCAGAAUUGCUCCAAAAUGGGAUUUUCCCCCAAAUUCCCUUUUUGGGAAGGGCUUUUCCCCACUCCUCCUCCCCCUGGAGGAGCCAGGAUUGGGGAAGAUUUUUGGGGUUUUUUUUUCGGGGGGGGUGGGAAAUCCCAAAUCCUCGGCUCUGGAGCAGCUGGGAAUGAAUUCCAUUAAUUGGAUCCCUGUAAUUAAUUGGAUUUCCGUUGUCCUCGGGAGCCCCGAGCUGUGGAAAACCCAGGAAUGAGGGGAGGGAAACUGGGAUCCCCAAAAUCCUCCCCUCUAAAAUCACCUUCAGCACCCCCAAUUGGGGUAGAAUCCCAGGAAAAUCUUAAUUUUGAUCCCAAUUUUCCCCGCUAGCCCCAAAUUCCAACGGAUUAAGGAGAGCUGAACCAUCUCCCUGUGGAUUUUUUUAAUCCAAAAAAGCAAAACAAAACAAAAAAAAGCCCAAAAAGGGAGAAAUCGGUCAAAAAAUUUACAAAACCAAAACCCUGCCCCCCCCUCUUGUCCCAUUUUCCCUCUUCCAGCUGCUCCCAUUCCUUGGGUUCCCAGUCGGGAAAAGCCCCUUUAGUGUAAUUAAUUGUAACAUAUUCUUUUAAAUAAAUUGAUUUAUUGAGGAAA